ACCACGACAACCAUGCAGCUUGGUUGGUUAACUUGUUUCUUCUUCAUCUCGUUUGUGCUGGCUGUUGAGCCACCGAAGGAGUUGGAGAUUCGUACGACUUACACUCCUGAGGAAUGUACUGUGAAGGCUGCGAAGGGGGAUUCUAUUAGAGUCCACUAUACUGGAACUUUGCUCGCGAAUGGGAACAAAUUCGAUUCGAGUCAUGACCGCGGUGAACCGCUUCCUCUUACCCUUGGUGUAGGCCAAGUCAUCUCAGGAUGGGACGAAGGUCUCCAGGGUAUGUGCCUCAACGAAAAGAGGACACUCAUUAUUCCCUCGCACAAGGCAUACGGCUCUCGAGGAUUCGGAAACAUUAUCCCAGCCAACUCUGCGUUGGUGUUCGAUGUCGAGUUGGUUGGCUUGGAUUCCAAAGGUCGUGAUGAGCUCUAGCCUUGAGGGCGUUCUUUCAUAGUAGCUAUGGAUACGAAUCACGUAAAUUUAUUAGUUUGUAUUCAUGCAGUGCAUGAUUUCAAAACUGAAGGGCUGGGAAGAUGGGAUAUUGUAAUGGAUUGCGAGCACUCCUACCUCCACGAUAGGUUAUGACUUUAUGUGCUUCAAGUUCAUAUUUUUGGAGCGGCGCUUUUGUGGUGAUGAUGAAGGUCUGGAUUGGUGACCCGCAACACGCCUCGUAGUGGGCGAAGACGCGGGGGUACAGUACUCUACUGCUAUGUAUGACU